CGCGGGAGCCGGGCGCUAGCAGAGCGCAGCCGCGAGGGAGGCGCGGGGGAGGCGAGCGGGAGCCCGAGCCCAAGCAGCAGCUAGUGUUGGCGGAGGGCACCCGGGCGCAGCUGGAGCAGCAGCCGCGAUGGCCGUGGCCGUGGGGAGACCAUCUAAUGAAGAGCUUCGAAACUUGUCUCUUUCCGGCCAUGUUGGAUUUGACAGUCUCCCCGACCAGCUGGUCAACAAGUCGACUUCUCAAGGAUUCUGUUUCAACAUCCUGUGUGUUGGCGAGACGGGCAUUGGCAAAUCCACGUUAAUGGACACUUUAUUCAACACCAAAUUUGAAAGUGACCCAGCUACUCACAAUGAACCAGGUGUCCGGUUAAAAGCCAGAAGUUAUGAGCUUCAGGAAAGCAAUGUACGGCUGAAGUUAACCAUCGUUGACACUGUGGGAUUUGGAGACCAGAUAAAUAAGGAUGACAGCUAUAAGCCGAUCGUGGAAUAUAUCGAUGCCCAGUUUGAGGCCUACUUGCAAGAGGAAUUGAAGAUCAAACGUUCUCUCUUCAACUACCACGACACCAGGAUCCACGCAUGCCUCUACUUCAUUGCCCCCACUGGACAUUCGCUGAAGUCCCUGGACCUGGUCACCAUGAAGAAGCUGGACAGUAAGGUGAACAUCAUUCCAAUAAUUGCAAAAGCUGACACCAUUGCCAAGAACGAAUUGCACAAAUUCAAGAGUAAGAUCAUGAGUGAACUAGUCAGCAAUGGAGUCCAGAUAUAUCAGUUCCCCACAGACGAAGAAACGGUGGCAGAAAUUAAUGCAACGAUGAGUGUCCACCUCCCUUUCGCAGUGGUCGGCAGCACCGAGGAGGUGAAGAUUGGCAACAAGAUGGCAAAGGCCAGGCAGUACCCCUGGGGUGUGGUGCAGGUUGAGAAUGAAAACCACUGUGAUUUUGUGAAACUUCGGGAGAUGCUGAUCCGUGUGAACAUGGAAGAUUUGCGAGAACAGACUCACACCCGCCAUUAUGAGCUGUAUCGGCGCUGUAAGCUCGAAGAGAUGGGGUUCAAGGACACCGACCCUGACAGCAAGCCCUUCAGUCUUCAGGAGACAUACGAAGCAAAAAGGAAUGAAUUUCUGGGAGAACUUCAGAAGAAAGAAGAAGAAAUGAGACAGAUGUUUGUCAUGAGAGUGAAGGAGAAAGAAGCUGAACUUAAGGAGGCAGAGAAAGAGCUCCACGAGAAGUUCGACCUCCUAAAGCGGACACACCAAGAAGAGAAGAAGAAAGUGGAAGACAAGAAGAAGGAACUGGAGGAGGAGGUGAACAAUUUCCAGAAGAAGAAGGCGGCAGCUCAGUUGCUACAGUCCCAGGCCCAGCAGUCUGGGGCCCAGCAAACCAAGAAAGACAAGGAUAAGAAAAAUAGUCCUUGGCUCUGCACGGAAUAAAUGAUACCCUCAAAUCUAAUUGGAUGUGCUUUCGCCUUUGCAUGUAAGUACGGCAGUAAAAAACCUUUGAGACCUUUUUGACUUUUUAAAAUUAGAGAAACAAAUGGGAUAGAUGGAUUUUUUUUUCCCUGGAGGGGGGUAGGGAGGUAUUGGUUUGAGUAGUCUUUGUUUUUUUAAAAAACAAACAAACAAAAAACCUAAAUAUAUUUUAAAUGGCUCACAUUUAUAUCUUUUUUUACAAGAAACACAGAGAUUUGACUUUUCCUUGAUAUCCGUGUGCAAGUCAGAAAUUACUAACCCCAGUCUGUUCUACACAGCAUUGUGGGUUCAUUGGAUAUUAGAGGGUCCUUGGUUUGGUUUUUUUUUUUUUUUGGUUUUUAGUGUUUCAUUUUUUUUUCUAGGUUUUUUGUUUUGGUUUGGUGUUUUUUGUUUUUUGACUGCACCGCGCGGCUUGUGGGAUAUUAGUUCCCUGACCAGGGACUGAACCUGUGUCCUCGGCAGUGAGAGCGUGAAGUCCUAACCACUGGACUGCCAGGGAAUUCCCAGAGGGUCCUUGGUUCUGACUGUGUAAGUAAAGUUAGAAUGAGAAACUACUACCUUCCACUAGAGAAAAAGCAAGAGGAAAAUUUUUUUUUAUGCUAGGCUCCCUUUAUGAUUGCUUAAUUUUUGGUGAUCUUGGUUUAAUGGUCUUUCCCUUGUGCUAACUACUGGCAGGGAGCACCUUUUUUUUUUUUUUUUUUUUUUUUGGUGAGCUCUUGCUGGCCUCUCCCCACAUCUUUUGUUCAACCAUAAUGACCAUCUUUUUGCUUCUUCUGGACUUUAGAUGCCCAUAACAGUUGUUAAGUGCGGUAGGAUGUGAUGGAAAAGCACUUAGGAGAAUUUACUGGCAGUUUAGAGACUAUGUUUUCCCAACUUAAGGCUCUUUAUUAAUUGGUCAAGGUUUUGUCCAGAAAGGUCACCUCAACCAGGGGAACAUUUAACAAAAUGCUGGGCACAGGUUACUCACCUUCCUCCUCUGCUUUGUGAUCUCACCAGCAGUAACACUUCGUAUCUUGUGCACCUCACAAAGACUCGGUUUCCUCACUUUCUUGACAUAUCCAUAAGUGUUUCAUAUACAAACUGUUGAAUCGGGUUUUUCAGCUGUUACCAACCCAUGUCAUACUGUCUCUGUGUGGUCCUACCAAAACUGUCCAUUCAGAUCCCUUUGCUUUCCCAUUUGCAAGUGUCUGAGUUGUCAAGUCUCAGCUUCCAGAAGUCUCGGUUCCAUUGACAGGAUACAUGUGUGAUGACUCUUUAGGGGAAAUGAUGACGUACAAAGUCUAGAUUGUAUGUAGGUAUGAAGGGAAUUUUUAAAAUAAGUUGAAGAUUAAGCUGUGAACAGCAUUAGAACUUUGUCUAUUUCUUAAUUUUAAAAUAUGCUGAUAUGCCUUAAACUGUAGUUGUAGAUCAUUGUCAUUUUGCUGUUUGAAAAUAACCAAUGUGUUUUUAAAACUGUUAUGUAAUCUACUUUCAGUGUUAAUGCAGAAUUGUCAUAUAUGUAAACUGCAUGUUAGACACUUGUCUUUUUUAAAAAACUAAAAUAAUUGUAUUAAUGUGAAGCAUAUCAUUUUUUCAAGUAUGAAAGUAAUCACUUAGCAAACUUGCUUGGUAAUUUGGUGUCUGUUAAGGUAGGAGAGUGGCGGACAGGUAAUCUAUGCAUAUAUCACUAGUGCCAAGACAUAAAGUGGGGGAAAAUAUAUUUUUACCCAAACAUUGUGUGCCCUUUUGUGAGUUCUUUUUAGUGACUGUUUGACAUGCAAAUGUACACAUGCUUAUAAUAUUGGAUAAAAGAAAUAGGGAUGAAA